UUUGUCUCUCGAUUAAAACAACCAAAUAUUGCUCCAACACUUCCAGUACUCUCUCCACAUUCACCAAUGAAUGCUAACUUAUAUCUAAAUAGCCAGCAUACCCAACUUUCCGGUCGAUAUCUAAAUAACAAAGUGUCUCAGCAAAUCGACACCGAUAGUAUAAAAAGAGUGGCAUCUAACAGAUCUCUUAAGGACAGUCAAAACGUCUUAUCCAUUUCAUCAACCAUCAUAUGCAACUGUGAGAAAGCCCACAAAUCCAAUGGGUCUGAUUCGGAAACGAACGACGAAAUCAAAAUGAAAUUAAAUUCAGAUACUGGCAGCAAGCUGGCUACCAUUAGUAAAUUCAAAGACCCUAAACCUUCUAUACCGACGGAGAAAAACGCAUUAGAUAAUUCAAUCCAGGGGUGCUUGCAAUUGAAAAGUUCGAUUGGAAAGGAUAAAAGAGCCCUGUCCCCGAGACUGACAUUGCAUAAGAGUGGUUUUCAACAGGCCAUCAUUAUUUCCGACGAAAGCGAAAUCACCAAAUCGCCGCGACUAGACACCCAAAAAACAAGGCAGCUUUCCAGUAAUUCAGACAAUCAAUUUUAUCGCCAGCUUAACCAUAAAAUUAGCAAAUCGGAGCAGACUUCCCCAAACAACAUCGAGAUGGAUAAAGCAAACUUUCUUUAUGAUACGAACAAUAGGAGUACGGGCUGCUUGGUGUAUCCCUCGGAUCCAUGGAUAAAGAAUUCACACAUUAAGAACAGCUUGUCACCAAAAGCGGAAAAGUAUUUAAACAUGCAUCACAACAUCGAUCCUUGGGUCAAACGGCAAACGGAUGUCACUGUCGAGGUUUCGCGGCUUCCCAAAAAAAAUAUCUAUCGUGAAAAAUCCCUUUCUUCCAUAAACAAUAAACUUGUUUCGACCAGAACUGAGAAAUCGAAAUGUGAAAAACCGCAGUUGAAGCAUUCGAAAACCGAGCUUGACGAUGAUCAAGUGUUUUUAAACGAACCAGGUCUGCUUUUUGCACCAUUUUCUCCACAAUAUCGUAAUACAUCGCAUAAAAUUUGGUCGCUCGACCAACCUUCUAACGAUCUUAAAGGAAACAUUCAAAGCAAAUCUGCUAGUUUUUUACCGGAUAACGUCAAGGAGACUGCCAGUCCAUUGCCGAACCAUGUUAGAAAAUCUGUAUAUCAAAAUAAUAGUAACUUGCUCUGUCCAAACGAUACGGCAAGAUCAUUGCUUCAAGUAGAAAAAUUGCAUUCUAGACAUAGCUCUUUGUCGAUUCCGACUCAAUCAAAAGAGGAACUUCCCCUCAACAUCCGUCGACUGUCCGAGCAGAUUCGUGAACCGCCUUUAGAGAAGAACAUUUCGAUGUCUCUCAGCGAUCGUAACGUUAGUAAAAUUCCGACAUCGGAUGGCGUGGGUGAGACUCAUGCGGUUGGCCCUCACAGGACGGAUAAACUCCAUGUGAGUAGAGAUGCCGCUGUGCAGAGUACAGGCCGCCUUGAAGACUUCGUCUCCCUCAAACGAGUCCCCAAAGAUUCCGCAACUGUUAAUAAUGUAAACCCCUUUACGAGUACUUAUAAGCCUGAUCCACUUUUAGAAACCACCUGUUAAACCCAUUCGCUAGGAAGCCGAAAGCCGAUAUUAAAGUGUCUCUGCAUAGCUCAUUCAUAGGUCAUGAAAAUAUACAAAAUAUAAAAAGAAAAAAACAAAAACAUAUAUGUCUUAUAUAUCAAUCGAAUCUAAAUAUGAAUAAUAAACAAAAGUAAUACAACUAUUUUUAGUAGUACUUUAAGUUUGAAAUUUUUACAGUGAUUUUGCAUUUAUAUUAAGUAACACGAUAAAGCUCUGCCAACAAUGGGGCUGAGUUCUAGGCUUAACUACAUUCGCAAGCAUAUAUAUGUGUGUAAUAGUGUAUUUUUCCUCAUUUUAUUGUCAUUUACAUAUUUGUUGUAAUACAUUUUUUAGUAAUAAAAUCUUUAUAAAGAGCUAAGUAAAGAAUUUAAUAAUUA